AUGAUGCCGUGGGCCUCGGCCUUUAAGCUCCUUGCCACCUUUCAACUUGUAGCCGAUCUUCAAUGCCCCACAGCCUAUGUCCUCGAUGUGCUCUGCAUGGUGAUCCUGUUCAUCUCGCUGCUGGUUCUUGCGCUUGCGCUGGAGGCCGUGGUAGCAAUGCAAGGGGCAGGGCCACUUCCGGAAGAGGACCGGAGCGCAUGGCUUGAUGACUCUGCGAUAAACAUUCGCAGCCCGUGGCAACACUUCAAGACUGGCUUCGGCUGGAGUGCUGGAUUUGUGGGCUGCCUGAUGACCUUGCAGACAGUCACCUUGCUUUACGUCGAGAAAUCUGCAGUGCCUGAAAGUUUAGUAUGGGCCAUUAUUUUCUUCCCGUGUUUACUGGCCGUGCUCGGUCCAGUUUGGCUCAUGAAGCUGAUGUGCCAGAAGCAGCUCACGGACAUGUUUCUGACUCGCAGGGUGCUGUUGCUGGACCCACCUUCCUCGACCUUGAUCAAAUCCUUGCUGAUGCUGGCCUUGGGCGUUUACGCGCUGAUGGUGCUGGGGAGUGUUGCUGCUGUCAGUUGCGAGGGCUUGUUCGUCGUUUUGGGCGCACUUCUUGGCCCUUCGUGGACCCUGCUUAAGGCCCUAGCCAUGGGAACUGAGGCUGAAGAUCAGUUGAAGCAGGUUGAAGUUUGGAAGGGUAAGCUCAAGAACUUGAGCACAGAGCUACCUAAGCUUCGAGAAAUGUCAUGGUCGGACUGGCCGCAAGAAGGUGAGCUCAGCUUUGCAUCGGUGAGCUUUAUACAGUCCAGCACAGCUCAUAGACCUGGAUUUUUCCACAACAUUUUCUGGCACCGCACGGCCGUGAGACAGCUCGGUGCGUCCAACGUGGGCUUUUGUGUACUGCCAAGCUUCAUUGCCAUCGUUGGCAUCUUCCUUGCAGUCUCGUUCCUGCAGGCUGCUCGCUUUAUGUGCUCGAGGGGGCAGCUCUUGGACCUCGAGCUGGCUACAGACUUGCACGCUGUGACCUUUGCCCAGCACCAGAGCAAGUACGCCGUCCACAUGGACACCUCCUUCACACAGGUGGUGAUGCUGGCAAUGGCCGACGUGACUUCGACUCGCUGGAUCUCCUUGCAGCAGCCGAGUACCGCAAGAGGAACUGCCAGCGCUCACGAGCAGGGUUUGGAGAUCAGGGGCAAGAGCUUCGGCUCUGAGGAGCUUCAGCUGUCACAGGCAUUGAUCCCACGAAUCAGCCGGGUGCAAGCAAAGGGCCUAAGGCCAUCCUUGCAGGCGAAGGAGUAUUUCGUCCGCUUCUCUCCAAUGCAAACCCUGCCUUCGCACGUCACCGUUAGCAAGGAGAAUUUCACAGCGAGAGUUGCCUGGUCGACACUGCCUGGAAGCAUUAUGAGCUUGCCGGAAGGUGUGGACAGUUUCGACAUACACGUGAACUUGCUAGACUUUUUCCUGGGCAUUCCCGCAGAUGCAAACAGAGAGCCAUCUGCCAUGGCAGACAUGCUGCAGUGGACCUCUUUUCAGGCUGCACCCAAUGCCACUGAAUCCUGGUGCCAGCAUGUGUGCGAGGCGCGCCCUGAAUGCCUACGGUCCUUUUUCGGGCAAGGGGGCUGCUACUUCGCGUGCCACCACCAUGACCGCAUCCAACGAUUUUUGCCGUCCCUGGUAUCUGGCAGGAAGCUGAGUGGACAGCUGGACGGCUGUCGUCGUUCGGAAGUUGAACGAUGCAAAGAGGUGGUAGCGCAGGAGCAUCUGCUCAUCUUCAAGGAUGUCCCUCCUGAUUGGCGUGGGGCGAAUGCGCAGCUUAGCCUUUCGUUGGUUUUGCAAGUGGGCGGGCAGCGCUUCAUCGCGAAUUCGGGCACCCUGGAGCUUCGAAGAGGGCUCCCAGCACCUUCCGAUGCAUUUGUGCUGCUUGAUGAUGGUGAGGCGAUGAAAACAGCAACCACGAUCGAUGGCUUCGGAAAUGUCAUCAUCACUGCCAGCUACUACGACCCACUGAAGAUCACGUCGCUGAACCUGUCCGUACUGCCUAUGCUGCCUGACAGAGCAUUCGAGGUGGUCUGGACUCCUGCCCAGCUGCAGACGGAUGCACCCGCCUUGAAGCUGCUUCAGCAGGGUGGCAGAUGCAAGGAAAGUGCCAUGGUGUAUCACCGCUAUGCUCUCUGUGGUGCCCAGGGUGACCUUCAGGAUGUGCCAUCCACCGUGGGCGUCUCGCCUUGGACAGGUCAGCUGGAGGCACCUUUGCAGUUUGUCGUGGCUUUGCGCAGCAAGGAUUUGCAGGUCUGGCCAGAGGCACCAGUGCAGACGGUGCAACUGAAAUUCGAUGGCGUGGACAGCCCUGCUGCCUGGGCCGCUCAGCAUGGCUGCAAAGUGCUGGAUCAUCCAUUGGCCAAUCGUAGCAUUGUUGCCUCGGCUGAUGCAACCUGCAAACUGCUCGCCGAAUGCCCGGAGCAACUUUGCCCACUGGUCGACGAGCAGGGACUGGGCGGAUCAAGCGACAUCGGCGACUACUCCCUGGGCCAACCAGUCGAGCGCGCCCCCCUUUUGAGUCAGAAUGCAAUUGCGCACGUCAUGAUUUGUAUGCAUGGACUGAAUGCCUGCACCAAGACUCGCUGGCCUUGGGGCUACGAAUAUGGGGAACUGUAUUUGCACCAGCAUGGUGCCAAGAUGGCUGUGAACGCACUGCUGUCUGAAGUGCUGCAAGCAGGCACUAGGGGCCUCGAGUUCCUGCAGCACAUGAUCAUGACGAGCCUGGAUUCGGAAAACAGCUAUUUUUGGAUUCUCUCAGAUCUAGCCAGAGCAAUCUGGGAGCUGCCAAGUUUGACAGCACAACUGGUGAAAACCGUGGCUUCUCUGGACCACAGAAUGCCGAAACAGCUGCUCGAGGCGCUGGCUCGUUCGAGCAGCAGCGCUGUUAUGCAUGUCAAUGGCACCGAAAGGGAUCUGUUGCGUGCUGCCUUCGCAGAUGUUCACGAACUGAGGGUAGCCCUGGAGGAGGUUACAAAGAUGCGCCAGGUUGUCACGGCACUAGACUUGGCCAACAACGUUACAGUGCUGACAGUUGGCUGCGCUGCCUGCCCUCGCGAGAAUCGGCAGCCGCUACCUGCGCACUGGACGCACUUGGUGCAGCACAUCCCGCGGCUCCGUGUGCUUCGGCUGGAGCACUUCGUUCUCAGGCUGCCUGCGUUGGAACAACUGGUGGAGGCACUUGGCUCGGCCCACUCCUUAGAUACUUUCUGGCCCGAACAGCUGGAGUUAGGCCAACACGCCAACAAGCUAGGCCAAGCUCUGGCCCGGCUCCCAGAGCCCAAACGCCUCAUGGCCUUGGGUCUCCGGGCCAACGGCCUGGGAACGGAGGCUUACUGGCUCCCGCAGCUGCUUCCAAACUUCACAUCUGUAGGACUGCUGAAUAUCCGAGACAAUGGCCUUGGGGAUGCCAUAGGCCAAGAGCUGAUCGAAAGCAUCAAAGCCCUACCGGAGCUGUGGAGAGUGUUGGUGGGUGGGAACAGGUUCCGCGAGAGGACUAUGAAGCGGAUGAGUGAGGCUUGCGGUUGCGAGGUGGCAGAAUAA